AUGGGCAAACCCAUUGAGAAGCCCCCAUCUGAGUUUAUUAUCGGAGCAGCAAGAGAUGGAGAGGAGGAAGGAGACGACUUACCUCUUGAUGCCCAAGUAUGCAGCUGCCAUAACGUCAGUAAAGGCAAUAUCGUGGAGUGUGUAAAGACUGGUGGUGUUCGUUCCUUUGGGGAGAUGAAAUCCUCAACAAAGUGUGGCAUGGGUUGCGGAGGCUGCGUGCCAUUGGCUACUAGCAUCUUCAACCGCGCACUUCAGGACGCCGGCGUUGAGAUCUCCAACCACAUCUGCAAGGAUUUUGCCUAUUCACGCCAGGAUCUUUACCAGAUUGCCAAGUUCAGAAAGCUCAAGGACUUUACAACAAUGAUGCGCGCUGUCGGCAAGAGGCCUGAUGGUCUCGGCUGCGAAGUUUGCAGACCAGCCAUCGGGUCGAUUCUGAGUUCUUUGUACAACGAAAACAUCAUGAAGCCCUCCAUGCGCCAGACGCAAGAUACAAACGAUCGUUAUCUCGCCAAUGUGCAGCGAGACGGGACUUAUUCAGUUGUUCCGCGACUACCUGCAGGCGAAAUCACACCAAAGGGGCUCAAGGUCAUUGGAGAGGUCGCAGACAGGUUCGGACUCUACACCAAGAUCACUGGCGGCCAGCGUAUCGACAUGUUUGGUGCAAAGAAGCAGGACCUCCCGCAAAUUUGGGAGCUGCUCAUCAAUGCUGGCUUUGAGAGCGGCCAUGCUUAUGGCAAAGCGCUGCGAACAGUCAAGUCUUGUGUCGGCAACACUUGGUGCCGUUACGGCGUAGGCGAUUCAGUUGGUCUCGCCGUUGAACUGGAGAAUCGCUACAAGGGCUUGCGUGCUCCCCACAAGUUCAAGGGCGGUGUAUCUGGUUGUGUGAGGGAAUGUGCAGAAGCACAGGGCAAAGACUUUGGUCUCAUUGCCACCCCCAAAGGUUGGAAUGUGUUUGUGGGCGGAAACGGCGGCGCAAAACCUCGCCACGCUGAACUACUUGUCGAGGACGUGACUAGACGUGAAGCAAUGAGAAUUCUCGAUCGCUUUCUCAUAUUUUACAUUCAGUCAGCAGACAAACUCGAAAGAACCGCUCGCUGGAUUGAGAAAUACCCCGGCGGCCUCAGGGGCAUCAAGGAGGUCAUCGUUGACGACAAGCUUGGCAUAUGCGCGGACCUGGAAAAAGAGAUGGAGGCACUCGUUGGCUCGUAUCACUGCGAGUGGACCAACGUGGUCAGUAGUCAGGAGCGCCGCAAGGCUUUCAGACAAUUUGCCAAUACGGAUGAGACGCAGGUGGUAUCCGAGCAAGUCACAAAGCGCGCCCAGAAACGUCCCGUGGACUGGCCCGAGGAUAUCUCCCCUCUGCACUUCAGCUUGCAGAAUAUCGCAAAGGAUGCAAAGUGGGAUUGGCAGAUUGUCUGCAAGCUUUCUGAGUUGAACCGUCAGAUUGACGCACCGACAUCGGUCACUGUCAAGUAUGGCGAAGUUCAGCUGGCUGUGUGGAAUAUCCCGGGCCGUGGCUUGCGCGCUUCACAGAACAUGUGCCCGCACAAAAAGGCAUUUGUGCUGGCAGACGGCUUGAUAGGUGAAGAUGAGCAUGGACGGGAAUACGUAUCAUGUCCACUGCACAAGAGAAACUACCUGCUCGAGUCCAAAGGGGGGACGGGGGGAGGUGGAAGCUGCUCGGAUACGAACUAUUCCAUCAUGACAUUCGAGGCCAAGGCAGAUGAGCAGAAUGAUGCGAUACUCAUCUAUCUUCCUCCUACAGAAGCACUGGAUGCUGUCCUUUCGACAGCCAGAUGGAUGCUGCGAAAGGCAGACGGAGAAGUGAAGUUCUUGGUCAAGGAUGCUGAGCCAUCAAUCGAGAUCGCAGAGCCUAGGGUUCCUGGGAAGAUGAGAUCUCAGUUGUCACAUACCGCUGCCUUUCAACCCUGUGGCGGCGGCGGAAAUGCGCUUGAGUGGUAA